AAUGUCCAAAAACAAGGGUAAGAACAAGAAGAAUCACUUCGACGACGAUGAUGAAAUUAACGAACAGCCAGCUGCUCCCAAAAAAUCACAAAAGAAAGACAAGAAAGGAAAGAAGAGGGGCGAUGAUUCCGACGAUGAUGUGAAUGAUGACUUGGAAAGUUUACAGUCGGCCAGCAGUAAAACGCCAUCGCAACAAGGUCAACAAUCCAAUAAGGGUGGUAAAAAAGGCAAGAAAGGUAAAAAGGGCAAGGACGAUUGGAGUGACGAGGAUGAAGCCGACGUGCCACAACCGGUGGCCAGUAAAAAGAAGAACAAAAAACGCCAGGAUAGUGAUGAUGAGGAUGUGGUGGAAGAUGUGCCUAAACCUGCCAAUAAAAAGCAACAACAGAAAAAGUCCAAGAAGAACAAGAAAAAGGAUGAUUUCUCCGAUGAUGACGAUGAUGAUAUUGACAUCCUAAAGAAGGCUGCCGAAGAAGAUGAUGAAGAUGACGAGGAAGAGGAUGAACCCGUAGUUAUUGCCAAACCGGUGAAAAAGUCCAAUAAAAAACAAAAGAAAAGCAAAUUUGAAGUAAGUGAAGAUGAAGAAGAGGAGGAGGAAGAAGAAUUGCCGGAGGAAGAUGUGUCUGAACCGGAACCAGAACCAGAACCGGUACCUGUGAAAAAAUCCCCUUCACCUAAAAAGACUGUGGAAACCCCUGCCAAGUUGGAAGAAAAGUUAGAAAAUCUCCAAAUUGAUGAAAAGAGUGGAGCCGAAGAGGAGGGUGACGAAGAAAAGGAAUCUACUCCUGCUCCUACGGAAGAAACCGGUGGCGAAAAAUCUAAGGAAAAGAAACUUACCCACAAGGAAAAGAAGAAGCUGAAGAAACAAGAGGAAUACGAACGUCAAAUGGAAUUGAUGACCAAGAAAGGUGGUUUGGGCCACUCCGAUUUGGACAGCAAUUUCACAAUGUCUCAGGUUCAAAAGACUGCUGGUCAGAAGGCCGCCCUCGAGCAUGCCGUCGAUAUUAAAAUUGAAAACUUUACCAUCUCAGCUAAAGGUAAUGACCUCUUCGUUAAUGCCAAUCUGUUAAUUGCCCAUGGUCGUCGUUAUGGUCUGGUGGGUCCCAAUGGUCACGGCAAGACCACACUUCUACGUCACAUUGCCACACGUGCCUUCGCUAUUCCACCCAACAUUGAUGUAUUGCUCUGCGAACAGGAAGUUGUUGCCACUGACAAAACUGCCGUUGAAACAAUCCUGGAGGCGGACACAAAACGCAUCAAUCUCAUGAACAAAUGUAAGGAAUUGGAAGAACAAUUUGCUGCCGGUGACAUGAGUGUCCAGGAGGAGUUAAAUGACACCUUUGCAGAACUGAAAGCUAUCGGUGCCUACUCGGCUGAGGCUAGGGCUAGACGUAUUUUAGCUGGUCUGGGUUUCAGCGAAGAAAUGCAAAAUCGUCCCACCAAUAAAUUCUCUGGUGGUUGGCGUAUGCGUGUCUCCUUGGCCCGUGCUUUGUACUUGGAACCAACACUGCUGAUGCUUGAUGAACCUACAAAUCACUUGGAUUUGAACGCUGUCAUUUGGUUGGACAAUUAUUUGCAAGGCUGGAAGAAAACACUGCUGAUUGUUUCUCACGACCAGAGUUUCUUGGAUAAUGUUUGUAAUGAAAUCAUCCAUUUGGAUCAGAAGAAGCUCCACUACUACAAAGGCAACUAUUCAAUGUUCAAGAAGAUGUAUGUCCAGAAACGUCGUGAAAUGAUUAAGGAAUAUGAGAAGCAGGAGAAGAGAAUCAAGGAGUUGAAGGCCCACGGCCAGUCCAAGAAGGCUGCCGAAAAGAAACAAAAGGAAGCUUUGACCCGCAAACAAGAGAAAAACAAAUCGAAACAACAGAGGCAACAGGAAGAUGAUAAUGGCCCUACUGAGUUAUUGGAAAAGCCCAAGGAAUAUAUUGUCAAGUUCCGGUUUCCAGAACCUUCCCAGCUACAACCUCCAAUUUUGGGUUUGCACAAUGUUACGUUCGCUUUCGAGGGCCAGAAGCCAUUGUUCAUUAACACAGAUUUUGGUAUUGAUCUGACUAGUCGUGUUGCCAUUGUUGGACCCAACGGUGUUGGCAAAUCCACAUUCUUGAAAUUGUUGUUGGGUGAAUUGGAGCCCCAAAAGGGUGAACAGAGGAAAAAUCAUCGUCUACGUGUAGGACGUUUCGAUCAGCAUUCGGGUGAACAUCUGACUGCUGAAGAAUCCGCUGCCGAAUAUUUACAACGUCUAUUUAAUUUACCUCACGAGAAGGCACGCAAAGCUUUAGGUUCCUUUGGUUUGGUGAGUCAUGCGCACACAAUUAAAAUGAAGGAUCUGUCCGGUGGUCAAAAGGCUCGUGUCGCCCUGGCUGAAUUGUGUCUGAGUGCUCCGGAUGUUUUGAUUCUCGAUGAACCUACAAAUAAUUUGGAUAUUGAAUCCAUUGAUGCCUUAGCCGAGGCCAUCAAUGAAUACGAAGGUGGUGUCAUUAUCGUAUCUCACGACGAACGUUUAAUCCGUGAAACCGGCUGUACUCUGUACGUCAUAGAGGAUCAAACAAUCAAUGAAAUUGAUGGUGACUUUGAUGACUAUCGUAAAGAAGUAUUGGAUGCUCUUGGUGAAAUUGUUAAUAAUCCCAGUGUUGUGGCCAAUGCAGCUGUGCUAUAA